CAUCUGUGCUCAGUUUUCUCACAAACAUCAUCUCUGUUUGUCUCUCAGGAUUCUCUUACGUUUGCUAUCUUUCUGUGUGGCUAAGCAUCUUAGGAUCAGAUCUGAGUUUAAUUGUGCUAGCCGUCUUUCUGAGUCUCUAAGCAUAAUGGCUGAACACGUCCUCCACUUCGUCACCCCAAUCAUAGAGAAAGCAGUUUCUGAAGCAAUUUCGCUUGCUGCUGUACAAAUCAGCAUGGCAUGGGGUCUGGAGAAGGAGCUGGGGGAGCUCGCUCAAACACUAACUACGAUCCAAGGAUUGCUUCAAGAUGCUGAAGGGAGGCAAGAAAGCAAUCCAGCCAUAAGGAAUUGGUUACAGCAGCUCAGAGAUGUAGCUUAUGAUGCGGUGGAUGUACUGGAUGAGUAUGGUUAUGAAGUCCUUAAGCACAAAGUUCAGACUCAAGGCCGAAAAAGGAAACAGGUGCGCACCUUCUUUGGUCUUUUCAAUCGCACUGCCUUUCGUCUUAGCGUGGCUGAUAAGAUUAGGAAGAUUAAUAAAACUCUGGUUAAAAUCAACAACAAUGGGGUUUUGCUUCUGCCAGUCAGACUUAGUGACCAAAGUCAUUCCUCUGCUAGUGCAAGGCAAUAUCCUAAGACAGAUUCCAUCCCUGAUUGUUUAAAAUUUGUAGGAAGGCAUAAUGAUGUCUUAGAAAUUGUCAACAAGCUGGAUAACAUAAGGAGUCAACAUGUGCUCUCUGGCAUUUCAAUGGUAGGCUUUGGGGGCAUAGGCAAAACAACAUUAGCAAAAUCAAUAUGCAGCAUGGUAAAAGAACAAAGGUUGUAUGAUCUGGUGGCUUGGGUUUGUGUGUCCGAGGAAUUUGAUGAAAAAACAAUAUUAGGAGAUAUGUUAGAAUACCUUGAUGGCUAUGUUGGUCGAAUGAAUAAUACUGAUGCACUUAUUCAGAAGCUUGGGCAAAAGUUAGAAAAUAGAAAAUUUCUUCUAGUUCUUGAUGAUGUGUGGAAUGAUGAUAGAGACAAGUGGGACAGUUUCAAAUCUCGUUUGUUAAAAAUUUUAAAAACCAGUGGAAACUCCAUUCUUGUGACUACUCGUAGUGACAAGGUAGCAUCCAUAAUGGAGGCACUUCCAAUGCAAAAACAUGAUAUGGUAAAGUUAUCAGAUCAUGAAUGUUGGUUGAUAAUUGAGGACGUAGUUCUCAGAUCAUCAACAGAAACUUCAACACCUUUGGAUUUAGAAGGUAUUGGAAAAGAAAUCGCCAAAAAAUGUGAGGGGUUGCCAUUAGUUGCUAGUGUAAUUGGAGGAACAUUGAGUCGUGAAAUGAAGACAGAUAAGUGGCAAGAGAUCUUAGAUGAUGAAGCAUGGAUUUUGCAAGAUGAAAAUAAGAAGGAUGCUAUCAUUUUAAAAGAUGAUUUAAUUCAACUUUGGAUGGCUCAAGGGUUUGUUCACAGAGCUAAUGAAAGCCUUGUGGAAAUGGAGGAUAUUGGUAAGGAGUAUUUCAAUGAGUUGUUAUCUAAUGCUUUAUUCCAAGAUAUUAAAUGGGAUUUGUAUGGGAGCAUUAUUUCUUGCAAAAUGCAUGAUCUAGUGCACGAUCUUGCAUUACUUGUUUCAACAGGUGAAACCUUGAUUUGGGAUACUAGUUGCAACAUUGUUGACCAGAAUUUUAGUACCAUUCGUCAUUUGAGAGUCAAGUCUAAUGGAAAGCAUCUUCCAACCAUUCCAAAAGGUAUUGCUCAAAGGUUGCAUUCUUUGUUUUCAGAUGGUGAUGUUUUUUGUAGCAUGGCAUCAGAUCUCAAAAGCUUGCGAUCCUUGAAAUUAACGGGACAUAAGAUGAAGAAGUUGCCAAUUUCACUAGGCAAAUUGAAGCAUUUGAAGUACCUUGAUAUCUCAAGAACUUAUGUUACAGUACUGCCAAAAUCCUUCUCCAAGCUCUAUAAUUUGCAGACUUCAAAAUUUGUGGAUAUUGGCAUUUUGCUUCCCAAUGGCACGUCAAAUCUCAUCAGCUUGAGGCAUAUCUAUUCUGGUCGUUCAUGUAAUAUAUCUAUCAUGCAGUUAACUUCCCUUCGAACAUUAUCAGCCUUUGUUGUGGGCACAAAAAAAGGAAGCCAGAUUGAAGACCUUGGAUGCUUAAGCCAACUUGGAGGAAAACUAGGGAUUUUCCAGCUUGAACAUGUAAGAUCCAAAUUAGAAGCCUCUAAAGCAAGCCUGAAAGAAAAGACAAAAUUGCAUCAAUUGGCAUUAUGCUGGAGUAGUAGGCAUGUAGGGGCAGUCAACAACAACAAUGAUGAAGAGACUUGGUCGAUGGGCGGAUUUUCAUCUCUUCACAAGCUCUCCGAGCUGUUGAUAGAAUACUGUUCGAAUCUAACGGCUAUCCCUGGUUUAGAUGGGCUCCUAGCUCUUGAAAAAUUAGAGUUAUUGUCUUGCGAUGGAUUAACAAGUCUACCAAUCGUGCUUGGAUCCUGCAUCUCUCUUCAGUUGUUGGAAAUUAGAAAAUGCCAAAAUUUGAACUCCAUUCCAAGUAUAAAUGGGCUCACAUCUCUUGAAACACUCAACGUUUUUCGUUGCAAUGGAUUAACGUGUCUUCCAAUUGGGCUGGACUCUUGCAUUUCUCUUCAGCAGUUGCGAAUUGAAAGUUGCCCUAAUUUAAUUUCCAUUCCAGAAGAUAUCGGGAAGUUACAUUCUCUCAAUGUUCUUAGUAUCAGGAAUUGCAAAAAUCUAAGGAGCAUUCCAGGGGAGUGGCUAGCUAGCCUCACCUGCUUAAAAGGGUUACGCCUUGGUCCUUUCUGGUCAGAGUUGGAGGAUUUUCCUGAACUAACUUCCAUUCAUCAACUCCACGCUUUCCUUGAAGAAUUGGCAUUGUAUGGAUGGAAUAAACUAGAGUCUCUGCCACAUCAGCUUCAACAUCUCACUGCCCUCAAGGAAUUGAUUUUAUUGAAGUUCAAUGGCCUGGAAGCUUUGCCAGAGUGGUUGGGAGACCUCUCUUCUCUUCACAGGCUGGAGAUUGGGAAUUGCUCUAAUUUGACUCAUCUGCCUUCUAUUGAAGCCAUGCGAUGCCUCUCCAACUUACAAUAUCUUCACAUUUGGGAUUGUCCCAAAUUGAAGCAAAGAUGCACCAAAAAGAGGGGCCCCGAAUGGUCCAAGAUCUCCCACAUUCCCAAUAUCAGAAUCAAUGGCAAGGACGUGCAAGGAAAAUUCAAAUACUCCUACGAGCACUGCAGCUUCACUAGUAUUGAUGGUGGCGGCAGUCCUUUCAGUUUUUCUUGGAAUGUAAAGAUCUUGGUGCCAUAGAUUAUUGGUACACACAUUUUACAGUAGUGAGGAAAGCAUUGAAUUUUACUUGGAAUUAACCAGAGGAUCAAGUCUUCCACCAUUUCUCUGGCUCUUGUGCUUUUAUGGUAGAAUAUCUCUUUCAAUUUCCAACAAACGAAGAAGAUGGCAUGGCUUUACAAACCUUUUUUCUUUGAAUCUAAAACGUAUCAUACCUGGUUUUGAAUAAACUCUCUCUACGGCUUAAAGUUUGAUGAUGUAAUAAUGGACAUGCAAUCAACAAAUGAAGUGAAGAGAACCUGACAAUGAGAUCCCUGUGCACCAAGUGAUUGUUGGUAGAGUGGUCUCAAUAGCAUCAAUGGAUAGAACUAUAACUUUGUAAGUUUUCCCCUUUAAAAGGCAUUCCAAUAUUUUCAUCUCGCUUUGUAGAUGUAAUUGAUGGAAAUGAAUAAAAAGGCCAACCAUCAGCAUCUAGGAAUCAAUGAUAUUGAACAGAUUUGUUUCAGGGAUUUAUCAAACAAUGGCUUAAUCAGAGAAGUGCACAACUUCUGUCUCAGAUAGUCUUAUUGAAGAAAAUGUUGCUUUGUUUUUAACUUAUUUUGUUUCAUUCUUGUUUCUGACAUAUUUCAUCUUGCUUCUCAUACCACUACCAGAAAAACAUUUUCGAGAAUGCAUGUAGCAGUUUCAUUUUAUUCAUGUCCUGAAACAGAUGCAACAAGAUUAUAUGCUUCACUUUCUAAAAUGCGAGGAGCAGUUGGAGAUAGGGAAUGUGAACAAGUAAAAAGAAAAAAAAAUGCCAAAAGAAAAGUGCCCCUGUUCUUUAUCUUGGAAAAGCUAUGACGGAAAUUCAAUGAGGCUCAUAGAGUGUCUUCAAGCAUAUGUGUUCCAUUAUCUGAACCUGUAGCUAUUUCAUUCUCAUUUGUUCUCAAUUUUCUUGUUGUAUAACUUGUGUUCUCUUUUUCUUUGUGCUGUUAUUUGAUUGUUUGAAGAUGAUUUUGUAACACUAAAUUGAUGUGGUGGAG